AGAAGCUGCCAAAGGGGCAGGGCUUAAUGUCCUCCGACUAAUUCACGAACCAUCGGCUGCUCUGCUCGCUUACGGAAUCGGACAAGAUUCCCCCAGUGGAAAAAGCAACGUGCUGGUGUUCAAACUCGGAGGCACUUCGCUUUCCGUCACGGUCAUAGAAGUCAACAGCGGCCUCUAUCGCGUGCUCUCCACCACCACCGAUGACAGCAUAGGCGGGACCUGUUUUACGGAAGCCUUAGCGCAACACUUGGCUUCGGAAUUUCGCAGAUGUUAUAGAAACGACGUGAGCGGAAAUCCCAGGGCUAUGAUGAAGUUAAUGAACAGUGCAGAAGUGGCAAAACACUCAUUGUCGACCCUGGGAACUGCGAAUUGUUUUGUCGACUCUCUCUACGAUGGGAUGGAUUUUGACUGUAAUGUUUCCAGGGCCAGAUUUGAACUGAUUUGUUCUGCCCUUUUUGUGAAGUGCAUUGAAGCAAUCAAAAAAUUGUUGGAACAAGUGGGGCUCGGCAUGGAUGAUAUUAGCAAGGUGGUUCUGUGUGGCGGAUCGGCCCGCAUUCCAAAGCUACAGCACCUGAUCAGAGAACUUUUCCCCAACGUUGACUUGCUGAACUCCAUCCCUCCCGACGAGGUCAUCCCCAUCGGAGCGGCCUUGGAAGCAGGAAUCUUGCUCGGACGAGAGCAGGUUUUUUCGGAUGACGACAUGCUGUCCGUUGAAUGUUCCGGCAAGGACAUAUUAGUCAAGGCAUUGGACCAGUCGGGGACUGACAAAUUCCUGGUGCUGUUUCCAUCAGGAACUCCUUUGCCAGCUCGGAGGCAGCACACGCUGGAGGCCCCAGGAAAAAUUUCCUCCGUCUGUCUGGAAUUGUACGAGUCUCUGGAAAAAGGCCCGGUGAAAGAAAACGACAGAUUUGCACAGAUUGUGCUCCAGAAUUUAGACAUCAAAGAAGGUCUACAUCAUAUACUAACCAUCCUUACAAUGAAGAGGGACGGAUCAUUACAUGUAACCUGCACAGAUCAAGACACGGGGAAAUCCGAAGCCGUCACUGUGGAAGUGGCCUCCUAGGCCCAUUUUCUCAGCUACACUAAAUAUCUUCAUACACGGCUUUUAAGACGAACGAUGGGUUUUCAUUCUUCAGAGGCAGCCGGUCACAGAUGGGCCUCUCCACAAUGAACUGUAAAACGUUUAAGGGAGAUACCUACAAACCUGUAAAGGCCAAUUGGCUUCAUUUGGGUUUGUGAACCGUGUACAUUGGAGAAUCUAUUCUGUUACUUGUGAAUAAUAAACUCUCAUGUUUUUAUAAUUGCCAUAAAACCGUUCAGUCUUUUUUAGCAGAAGGCCUCUGUUGGCAGCUGAAAACGGCUAACUGGAAAUAUCCUGAGUGACGGGGAGUCACGAGGCUGAACUGAUGUUGUUUUUUUUUAAUUUUUAUUUUUACUUAAGCCCUUGAUAUGGUACCUUAAAAGAUCCAUUCAUAAGUGCAAUAAUCCCUUCCAUUAUAAGCGUAAUAAUCCAUCCCUUUUUUAUAGGUAUAAUGC